GGUAAAUUCUGCUGCGCAUUGACUAUCUGUCGGCCCUGUUCGGCCACUAUUUGCCUUGACUAGUAAUUAGUUAUUGGUUUCAGAUUCGCAGGUUGAACUGAUCAUAAUUGGCUGCCGAGUCAUUACGCAGCGUCUACGCUUUUAACAAUAACGGCUACAUCCUCCGCUCAAGGUAAUUAUUUAAAAUAUCUUUCUCUUUUUUUCCCGUUUAUGAAGACCUCAGCCAUGUCAACAUACCAUUGCGCCUGGCCGUCAAGCAUACUGUCAGUGCCUCCUUCAAGCCCAUGUGGACCUAUCAACGAGACCAACCCGGUAGUCCCCUGUUGCGCCCAGGGUGACUCGUGUCUUUCCAACAAUAUCUGCGCGUACAACACUCAUAGUGAUGGUGGUGGUAGCGGAUACUACUCUGCUGGCUGUUCAAAUGGAGGAUUUUCGGACGCCGAUUCAAGGUCAGUGUGCGCGAGUCGCUGUGCGGACACGGGUUUACCGGAUAUCACUUAUGACAGUCUCGAUGGGUUUUGGAAAUGCUGUGGCGGCAAUUACAAUGAGCGAGAUUGCCAGUCGCCCACAAAUGAGUCUUUCAUUGCGCCUGCUCCUUCCAGCCUCGUUACAUAUUGGGUUGUGGGAUCAUCCACAACAUCUUCAACACCACCAACAUCGAUAACAACGUCAACAACAACGGCAGCAGCCCCUUCGAAUUCCGAGACACAAAUUUCUGAUGCCACGCAUUCAGCACUAUCGGUCGGGGCCGAGGUAGCCAUCGGAGUCUGCGCUGGCGUAGGCUCUCUUGUUCUCCUUGCAGGGAUAUUUAUAUUGCUCCGUCGUCGCCAUCGGCGGACCAAAAGAAAUCAGCAUGUGGCACAAUCUGUGGAAUACCAAGAAUCAACGCCAAAUAUGCCACAUGAGCUAUACACGCCGGCUGAUAAACCACAGGAGCUACCACCAGACGCUAGAAUAUCAUUGCAUGAACUACACUAGUUUCUGUGAAACCACGACUUUGACUGUCAAAACAAAUGUCCAAGUCUGACACUCUGGGACGUUUUUUUAUAUUUUUUAUUCUAUUCAACAUUCAAUUUUUAUUAUUCUAACUUGGCUGAAAUACAUCUUUCAAGGUCGACAGUUAGGAUAAAUAGUGUAUGA